AGAAGCAGAGAGAGUGAGCGCAGCUACAUUGCACCCAACUUAACCAGCAAGGGAUCCUGCUUGGUGAAAACUGCAAGACUGGACCAGCUUCCUCCACCAGCAUUGGGCUACAUAAUGGCAGCUACAUGGAACCAGGCUCAAGCUGUAGUAAGACCAGAAGUGAACCAUCAAGAAGUAGAAAAGGUGAGGGAGAAGAUUGAGAUGUUGGAUUUGGGUGCCAUCAACUGGGAGGAUUUCCUCAUGCCAGCACCAUCCUCUGUUGCCAUCCUGGGAGAAGUGGUGAGCAAUUCCAUGGAGCAGAAAGAAUUUAAAGAGCUUAAAUGUCUGUAUAAAUUGAGUACACAAGCAGAAAAUGCCUUCUCCAAUGCUGAUGCAAACAUAGAAAAUAUUUGCAUGUGGUUUGAAUGCCUCACAGAGAUGAUGAAAGAUGUUGUUAUAAAGGGGGAUUCAGUGGGAAUAGAUGAUCUCCAGUGCAAGAGAGAGCAAGCUGAGGCCCGUAAGUCUGCCAUUCGGAAGACAAAGGACAUGUUCUUGGACCUAAUAAAGGACCUCCAAAACCUGCUGGAUGCCUGGUCUAAGGGUAAAGAAAACUGUCUGGAUAGGCAGAGAGAACUGGAACAAGCUAUGGAGCAGAAGAAACUAAUACAUCAGAAGAUUGCCCAAGAAAAGCAGAACAAAGAAUUCAGGGAAAAGCAGGAAGAAGUGUCUGUUGGUCAGAUGAAGGCCGAUCCGAUCUUAUUAACCCCAGAUUUGAAGACUGAAGAUGUUAAAUCACAGAUACAGCAAAUGGGGGAAGAUUUGAUGAGAGACCAUGAUAAACAUAAGGACAGCUUUGAGACCCUCCUUAAGCUUAAGGAGAAGCAAAAGGAAAUUGAUGAAAAAAUUAUUAUGCUUAAGUACGAAGGAAACAUAGUUGCCUCUCUAGACUAUAAUCUGAAGGAACUGGAGAAGGUGAAGGAAAAGUGGGAGAAUAUGGGGAGUUUCUUCCAGAUGAUCUUCUACUUGAUUGACUCCUGCCUCUACUGGAUCCAGGAAUAUUCAGGUUCUAAUGAAAACAAACAACAGAUCGACCAAGCAUUCAAAGCUUUCAGAGUGGCUCACCUGGGGCAAGUGAUGUUAGAGACCUACACUAAAAUAAAUGAGAAGAAACUGUUCAGCCAAAUAAAAGAGAUCCUAUGUAUGAACCAUUCUGAUCCUCGUUUCUGCUCUAAGAAAAAGGAGCUAGAUGAAACUUGUAAGUUCCAGAAGACCCAGUCCAACCUGGUGCUGAAAAUGCAGGAGGAAUUUAAAAAGAAGUUAAAUAGCAUGGAGGAGAAGAUCAAGAAGACAGACUCAUACUGAACUCAUGAGAAGGCCUUAUCUACUAGCCCAAGCCAGACAAAGCUUCACAGUCAAGUGAUUUAAAGUUCCCACUUCUUCCUUCUAGAUUAUUUUUCUCCCUGAAGAUCCCAACCAGUUGUUCUCUCAAAGCUCCCCUCCAAGAAAGUUCUGCUCACUUCCACACCAACUCUCUGGAGAUGCAAGAACUAGAAGGCGUCUCGGGUCUCAUCUUAUCUACUCCUGUCAAUCACCACUACUGAGUUGUUCCCUUCAGACUAUAGCCCCAGGGCUUUAGCUUUCAGUGCCCCAGGGGAUGCAGUUCCCAUUCUUUUCUCUUCUUUUUUCUUUUUUUGUCCUCAUCCAGAGGAUUCAUCAAAGGUAGCAGAAUCCACACCUUCUUCCAAAAGCAGAAUGGGAACUGUGUGCCAGAAUCCAAAAUUAUGUAAUUUGGAAGACUGUGUAAUUGGAAACCACGUUGGACUAGCGGAGUGACCACAGCCCUUGCAGAUGGAAGCUGGACGCAGGGCAGGAAAUGGGUCACCUUUAUUAACCAGUCUACCAUGGCAAUAAUGGUGUCCUAACCCUGAGAUGUUGGGAGCUCUGUUUUAAGUCCAUGGUAAUAUGAGCUUAAGGUCUUUAAGGUGUCCCUGUGGGUAUGAAGAAUCUGAAUGAUU